AUUGGCGGACGCACCGCGCAGACCCGGAGGUGGAGCUUCCGUACGGGCAGGGGCGGGUAGGGGCUGCGGGCAGGCGCUUCCCUCGGGGGCGGGAAAUCCCCGGAAUUCCGGAACAUUCCCCACCCCGCCCCGGAAUCGCCGCCAUGGCUCCGUCGCGCAGCCGCUCCUCCACCCAAAUCCCGCCGUGCAUCCCCAAGCGCCAACUCCCGCCGGGAUACUCGGACUCCCUCCUCUUCCUCUGCGCCCGCCGCAUCGUCGCCCACCACCCCCUGCCCAUCCUGCCCGCGCUGCCCGCCCACCUCUACCCCAUCCUCUUCCAAGCGGCGUUCCUGGACGGCAGACCCCUGGUGCUGCGGGAUUUGGUGGCCGCUUGGCCUUUCCCGGUGCUCAACUUCCAGCGGCUGGUGGGGCGCCGGGAGCUGCUGCGGGACCAUCCCUGCAAGCUCUGCGUCCAGGCCGUCAUCCUGGCCGUGGUGGCGCAGCUCCGGCGGCAGCUGGAGGAGCCCGGACACGACGCCAGCGGGUGCCGCCUACGCGUGCUGGACGUGACGGGAGUUCCGGACGAUCCGGCCGGCCGUGCUCCGGACGGGAUGAGCGUCUGGUCGGGCACGGUGGCUUUGGCCAAGGCUUGCGUGGAGGUGUCCAAGCACCAGCGGGAAUUCCAGAGGCGCGGAUCCAAGCGGCACAAAGGUCGCUCCGGAGCCGCCACGGCCGCGGCCGCUCCGCAGCCCCCGGGCGUGGACGUCCACGCCGACCUGUUUGUCAACGGAACGUCCUACGGGAUCCUGCGCGACGCGCUCCAGACCGGAGCCGCCGGCCCGCUGCGCCUCAAGUGCCGCGAGUUCCAAGCGGAAAAGCUCUCCCUGGCCGGAAUCGUGGGCCUGCUGGAAACUCUGGAUCCUUCCUGCGUGCGGAGGGUGGAUCUGCGCUUCCGGAAUUUGGGAUUGACGGGGCUCUCGGUGAUCCUGCCGCACCUCUCGCGCUUCCCGGAGCUGCGCAGCCUCAAGCUCCAGUACAGCAACGUGGACGUGCGGCGCCCGACGCCGGAAUCGGCCAUCGGGAUCCGGUGCCUGGCCGGGCAGCUGGGAAUGCUGCCCAGCCUCCGCGAGCUCAACCUGGGAUCCUCCCGGCUCUCCGGGAAUCUGCGCCAGAUCCUCUGCGACCUCCAGGCUCCGUUGGAAAGCUUGGAAUUGGCCUUCUGCUCCCUGGUUCCCGCCGACCUGGCCUUCCUCUCCCAAAGCUUCCACGCUCCGGCCCUCAAAAGGUUGGAUCUCAGCGGCCACGACUUCUCCCAGGGCCUCCUGGAGCCGCUGCGGCUGCUCCUGGAGGAAACCUCGGCCUCGCUGCUGCACCUGGAUCUCAUGGAAUGCCGCAUGGCCGACUCCCACCUGGACGCGCUGCUGCCGACGCUGCGGCGCUGCUCCCGCCUGCGCUUCCUGGGACUCUACGGCAAUUCCCUGUCCACGGCCGCGCUCAAGGAUCUGCUCCAGAAAACCUUGGAGCUGCCCGACCUCCACCUGGUGGUCUAUCCUUUCCCCGUGGAUUGCUACAAGCCGGAGCCGCCGCGCCGGGUGCCGGGAUCCCGACGGAUUUACGAGGAGCCCAUGGACGGCGAACGUUUGGCGGCGGCCACGGCGGAGAUUUCCCAGCUGCUGGCAAAUUCCGGGAGAACCGACCUCGUCUGGACUUACAACCCCUACGGCCACGGAGCCCUGGACUACUUCUCCUUGUGAUUUGGGAAAAGCUCGGAGCCUCCAUGGUGGAAAAGCGCCGCCGCCUCCUUUUCCAAAAUCCGGGCGUUUCCCGCCUCCUCCCGGUGCUUUUCCGCCUCAUUCCAGUGGUUUUAUUCCCUUUAUUUCGGUGCUUUUCCAUCCGUUCUCA